AUGGCCGUCAUCGAACUAGUCUUCCCUAAGCUGAAGAAGGAUCCGGAGUUGAUCAAACAAGCACUGUCGAAGGUCCCCGGGCUAGCUCGCGCUGCCUUCAAGGAGGCAGGUGUUCAGCGAGGACUGAGGGGAUUCAUCGAUUCAGAAAACGGCAAAGAUGUCACGUCCGAACUUAGGGAACUCGUGAUCCUUGAAUGGUUAAGCGCAUCCGAUUUCACCACGUUUAUCGAAUCUUCAGCGUUCGUCAGUUACAUGGAACACAUGAAACCCUAUGCAGAUGGUCCACCAGAGCUGGACCUCUUUGAGACAAACAUUGGAUCGCCUCUCUUUGGACCCCGGGAGUUCUUGGAGAUCAUACUGGUCCGUCCUAAGAACGUGACGAGCCUCGAGGAUGUGGAGACUAUAUUGAAGAAAGUCAAGUCGAGCCUAGAGGAGGCCAAUGACUCCGAGACUAUCUACGGAGCUUCGGUGAACCUCUCCGAGCAAGUGGCCACCAUCAUCAGAACAUUCGCAAGCAGAGAGGAACGCGAAGCAGCGAAGAACUCACAGCAAGAGCUUUUGAGUGAGAUAGGCAAGCUGGCGGUCGUGACUCGGUUGAAUGCUGAGGUCAAGCAGUUGCCCAUUUGA